AUGGUCUCUGGGCGCGUUGCGGGUCUCCUGCCCGGACCGUGCCUGCCCGCAAACGCGGGUGCGUCGGACAUAUUGGAGGGCCAGCUGCUCGCAUACGGAGUGGCCUCUAGCGUCGCAAUAAUCGACGUUUUCCAAUUGCAGUUGGUAUGUAUGCUACAUGGGGCUCACAGUCGGGCAUCUGUAACGACUGUCAGCUGGAGCCCAGAAUGCCAUUCACGAGAUCUGAAAGGCGGCGGACAUGUCAGGCUUGCUUCAGGGGAUAAAGAGGGCAGUGUGGUGGUCUGGGAUGUCACGAGGGUGUCUGUCCUGGCCAAAUUGGAGGACCCAAGGGGCGGGGCAGGAGAGCAAGGGGGUGCUGGUGUGCAGGAUGUGGCAUGGGUUAUGAGUCCUCCAUGUCUCCUGGCUGUGCUACUGGCAUCUGCAAGUCUGCUGCUUUGGGACACGAAAGGUGGGCAGAUCGUGUGGCGACAUGAGGAGCGCGGCCAUGGCAGCUUGCACAGCAUCUCUGUCGAUCCAAUGGAUCGCAGGAGGGUGUGCUUGAGUGGAGAGGGAGGCCAGUGCAUAAUAAUGGACCUGGGAGGGUUUCCCAAGGACAAGGUGCAAACUAAGCAGUACAGAGUGAGCAGCUCAGAUGGGGCGCAAUCGUCUGGCAGUGUUCACUGUGCGUUUCCUGCACAGCGCGAUGUACUUGUGGUGAUGCUUGCUCGAGAGCUGCUCUUCUUCGAUCUGGAGUUUGCCCAUCCAGUUUCUACAAUAGCCCUCCCAGCAUCGAGGAGAAAAUUUCAGAGGAUAUUGGCCAUCAACGGCGAGGGUAUACAGCGUGGAGGGGGUGUUCCAGGAGGAAUGCAGACAAUCCACUGCCUCCAUGAAGACUUCAGCCUGAGCGUAUGGGUGCAGUCAUCGGAUUCCCUGAAGUACUCACUGCUACCAUCUGUUCGACUGACACCAAUGCCACUGAGGGUGUUGGGCAGCUCCACAGCACAGGUGGAAGUAUUGACGAUGGCUGCUGCAUCAUGGACACCAGGCCUUCCUAACAAUGCAGAGGGGGAUGGCAGGGUGGACAAUGCAUCCAAUAUGGAGGGGCACAAGUCAAGCAGACAGGUUUCAUCUCUGUUGGUGAUGGCAGUGACAAGCUCUGGCCAAGUGUGGCAGUGGGACAUCCGUAUGCCAUUGUCUGCCACACAGGAACACACCUAUCAAGAUGGGGCUGCCGGCAGCAGAAGGUCUAAAAGCCGCACAGGGACUCCAGUCCGCUCCCACCCUGAUCCAGAAGAUUGUGGGUCAGAACCACAAGCACAGAAUGUAGACAAAGUGUCCACCUUGGAUACUGAAGUGCAAGGGGUUUCUGAGACAACAGAAUCAGCAUCAAUUUUAACAGAAUCUUCACGAGUAGGGGAAUCGCCGCAGCCAGGUGCCAUGCCAACAACAUUGGGAGAUUCCAAGGCUGGGCGUCCUACAGUUUCAGUGAGCCUGAAAGGCAUUCUGCACGUAUUGCCAAGUGCUAUAACCACACUGACUGUUCUUCCAAAGCUGCUUGUGGAGGCGGAUGAAGGUUUGGAUGGACAACAAAGUGGGCAGCAAAGUGGAGAAUACAUGCCAAGUCCAGGCACUCAAAAUUCAGGCAUUUCAGGCGAUGUCCACAAAACUGAAGACAGUCAGACACAAAACCAAGUUUCCAGUGGAAAUGAUCCUGUGGAUGCAGAUGGGUCCUCCCUGGAGGGAGUGAAGCCAUCGCCUGCAUCUGAAUCUGCAACAUCGGAAGGAAUCAAGACUUUGGCACUUCCACUUGAGUCUUCUCUUCCUGGCAAAAUCCUGAGGCCAGUCAUCGGGGUGGUUACAUCAUCAGGCACUUUGGAAGUGGUGCACUGCCACAGGGGAACACUCACACCACUAUCGCUAGAAGUGUCCAGGUCCAUUUCUGUUCAUGAUGAGCGAGCAAGAAGUGUGCGGUGGCUUGGGUCUACGCCCCUUGUGGUAUCCUUCUGCAGUGAAAAGAGCGAGCAUGGAUGGAAGAAUAGUCUUGUAAUCACAGACAUUCGCACUGGGCAAACUACGCCUUUUCGAGAGUUAGGGUCUGAGAACUCGAGCAUGCUUGGAAUCAGGACCUCCCCUUCUGGGAAGUACAUUCUUGUCCUGUUAAAGAAUGCACCAGCAGAGAUUUGGAUGGUAUCUGGUUUGACAUGCGUACGACGUGUACGCCAACUGGACUUGCCAUUCACUGCAGUUGAGUGGUUUCAGCCCACUGCGGACACAGGCGAGACACUGCCUGUGGCUGCCUGGGAGAUGUGGGGCUGCGAAUCCGGCGAGGCAUGGGAGGGCGGGGUUUCCUCUGCUGAUCCUCCAGAAGAGACAAUCGUAUUCGCCUUGGGUGAUGGCCGAGUGGGAACUGUCACCAUCAGAGGAAGACAGGUCACAGACUCAAAAUUGAGGAAACCGAUAUGGGGGAUGGCAACAGGUGCCAACAGUGCAGUAUUCAUAUCCACUGCUGGGUGGGGCUCAACAAUUUUGCUGGGAGAUUCAAGCGGUGUCCUGAUGAUGUGGGACAUCGCCACUGGAAAGACAACAACGACUCCAACUGAAAUGGGUGCAAUCAGGCGAAUAAGUGUCACCCAUUGUCUGACUAACGAUGGGAGCAGGAAAAGCCAUGUGGUUUUAUUGUCUUCCAGCUGGCAGUGUAGUUUUUGGGAGAUUGACAGCAGAAACAAGCUGGUUAAGGUUCCAUUCCAAAGUUCAGUGCGGUUCAUGGAUAUGGCUUGGCUUCCAAGCCCUGGUUGCCAGUCUUCCAGCAAUCUUCUGGCAGCAGUCACAGAGGAAGGCAGUCUUGCAGUGCUUGAAAUUGACUCUGCCUCUCAGGGAUCAGGAGCUUUGGAUGAUUUGCUGACCGGUGAUGCAGUUGACGGCCCUGUGAGUUACACGGACUGCCUCAGCGGCAACCCUUCGUUUGGUUCCAGUUUGCUCCUUCCUCGGCCAAUGUCACUGCUCCUCCGGCUUAUGAUCCAGGUUGGUGUUCCAUCAUCUGUGCUGCGGCAUAUGGCGUCUGGUGCAUCAGACGCAGACGAUGAGGGGAUUGAGGCUGAAGUAUGGGCUCGACUCCCAAGGGGAGCUCAGCCGAUUGAUUGGGGAGAUUUCAGAGGGCGUGAGGGUUUGGAUUCUUUGGCUGAGGAGACCAGUUCUACAGGGGAAGAUAUGCACAGUCGUGCGGACAGCCUCACAGGCUCUGACCGAAUGGCUGGCAUGCCACCAUUGAUGUCUGAGCCUAGUUUGCCUCCUGUGCCAAAGCUGCACAUUGAGUCACUGAAGAAAAGGCAGAAGCAGAGAGCCAGAGCUCCACCCGUCCCUGCAGAACUGAGCUUGACCUCACGAAGACACAUGAGCCUUGCAUCAGAGGUUCUUGCUUCCCACGCUUAUGAGAGCUCAACGAGGAAGAAACUGAUGGCCAAAGUGAGGACCAAGCUCAGCAGACCUCGGAAAGAUCGACUUCCUGAGGAUAUGCAGGUUACCUUCAAUUCGCAAGAGGGUGUUUGGUCCCAGGGGGGUCUGAUGAUGCCUGUCCACAAUUCCCUUGCUGAUGUGCUGCGGGCUCUGGCAAGUCUCAGGGCACAAGGGCAGCUCAUGUUUCCAAGGGAGUGGGUUGCAUAUGACAGGGCGUUGGAAAUGGGAUCUACCACAGCAAGAAUGGCUGUGGCUGCUGAGGUGUCCGGGGAAUUCGAAGAAGCACGAUUCUGGCGUCAUGUCACACCCACACUAAGGCAUGUGCACUCCUUGGCUACAGACACCUUUGGCUGGCAGAAUGAAACGGCUGAAACAGGAGCAGAAGAAGCCAGGACCACCGAUAGUGACCGCCUAUGGAACGAGGCCAUGGUCCUGUCAGUCUCCGCUGCAAGGGUCAGAUGGCAUGAAGCAGUGCCUCGCUCAAUGCUGGAUCCCCAUCCACAUUUGCAGGACCACCGCAUGCUGGAGUAUGUGUGCCUUGGGGACUAUCCAACAGCUGUUGGCUUCUUGCUUGCCAGCGCUCCUGAAGCAUCAACGAGGUACUACAGGGACUCGUUGUGUGCUCUGGCCUUGUCCACAGUCCCGGCUGGCGGUGAACCACCAGCAGAGCAAGGGCAGCCGACCCCCAAGAAGAGCUCUCUGAACGUGCAGGUUGCAAAGGUGGUGUCAGCACAUGCUGCAACCUCAGGCGAUUCUCUUCUGGGUGUCCCUAUGCUAUGUUCAGCUGGUUUGCCACAAGAGGCAGUUGGACUGCUGCAGGAUGCCGGCCUAUGGGAAUAUGCAGCCACGCUGGUAUCAGUGUCGUUGAGAGGCUCAGACCGAGCUCAGGCGCUCGCACGUUGGGCUCAACACGUCCUAAGGGAGGAAGGCAACUUGUGGCGAGCGACGGGCCUUCUCAUUGAUGGUGGCUGCCUCCACGAGGCCCUCCAGGUGCUUCGAGAUGCCGGGCGGCCAGAUUGUGCAUGGGGAGUCGUGAUGGCGUGCUGCGAAAGUGGACUUGUCCAUGGAUCGGGUACGCCACAGUCCGGCGCUGAGGCACGAAGUAAAAAUGAGGAGGGGGCGCCAGUCCAGCAGCUCUUCAAUGCUCUACCAUUGUCAGCCGUCACCCGAUUUGGCCGUCGGCGUCGCGCUUCAGACGACGACGCACCUCGCGACGAGGUGGAAGAAAUAGGAUUGGAAUUCAAUCAUUAUGUCGUUGAUCUCUUUGGUCAUUUGUAG